AUGAGCUCUCCUAUCCUGAAAUAUAGUUCUGACGGUUCCGGCAACGAGGGUUGCGUAAUUGAUAAUGCUCUCAAUAUCAUUGACGGAUGGAAAGAAGACUUGCCCACGAAGGAAGAUGCAGUUACGCCAACGGACGAUAAUUUUACAUGGCCCUUCAAGCGGUUUUCAAACCUUGCGAAGGUCGCAAAGGGAAAAGUCACUAGUAGCAUGGUCAACUUUAUCAAGACACAUCUGAAGGGAACGAAGCUCAUAUUUGUCGUCGGCUGUACCGGAUCCGGGAAGACUACUCUUCUCGGGGAGAUAACAGGUCAAGACCUCAAUAUUGGAAACUCAGCAAAAUCAGGGACCCUUGGUUACCAGGUGCUUCCGGCAGUUGUACACGGAGAGCAGUACCUAUUUGUCGACACGGCAGGGUUCGGUGCAGAAGAUAUCGAUGAUAGAGUGGUUUUUGAAGACAUUAUGGGCUGUGUCUGUACGCUGGGAGAAUGGGUGUCUAUUGCCGGUGUUAUGUUUGUCCACGAUGCCCGCCAGCAGCGAUUGACGCAGAGCGAGAUGAGAACGAUUCGCUGGCUGCAAUGUUUCUGCGGUCCCCAGUUCUUUCGGAAAAUCACAAUUGUCACAACCCAGUGGGACAGGUUGACUAGCGAGGAUAUGGACCAAGCUCGGGAUAUAGCCAAGGAGUUGGAAGUAUUGGCCUUUGCAGAUAUUCUGCUGUCGAAGUAUGUCACGAGCGGUCAUCUUUAUUACCACGGAGUGGACACCGGAGAUGGCAACGGAUGGAAUGCUUUGUCCAGAAGUAACUGCCCAAAAGAACGAUCCAAGAUGGCUGCAGACCUCGUUCGAGACAAGUACGGACUACGUGAUGGGAUUCCAAGACUUCAGGUCCUAGAGGAGCUUGCCAUCGGCUGGGGACUCUUUGAAACCCAGGCGGCUGCGUCUCUUUUCAAUACAUACCCGUCUUCGACGAUCUGUGUACUGCGGUACAAGGCUGUUAUUAUGAAAGUCGACGAGAAACUUAGGCCUAAACAGCAAGAGGUGGAAUUGGCGGCUAGUGCACCAAAGCCUCCACAGGAGAAUCCCACUUCAGAAAAGUCUACUUCGAAAUGGUGGGAAGUUGCAAAAGAGGUAGCGUGGGCCUUCUGGGGCUUUCAGAGGACUGGAACUACCAAAUUUACUGAAUACAGACGAGGGACUACUGCUGAUGCGUGGGAAAAAUUGAAAAAUUGGUGGUCAGGGGAGACGCCGCCUCAGUAG